GCGAUGCGUUUGAAGGUGUGUGUCCAUUAUUUCUCCUCCAACGCUGCUCCUUGCGCCUUGCCUGCCAUCCCACUGCAACACGGGGUAACAGCAGGCACCAGAUGAACACAAGAUGAGCGUGUCCUUGGUGGCGUGGGUGCGCGGUGUCGUGCGGCAGACGCAGGCGCGCCUCAACGGGCUGCACUGGGCGCUGUUGAUGGUGUACAUCCUGAACGGGCUUGUGGAGGCCUUCCCACUGACCGCGUUUGAGUCGUGGCUGCAGAACGACAUCCACGUGUCGCCCAGCGCACAGUCCACCUUCUACGCCACCAUCUUCAUUCCGUGGUCGCUCAAGCCGCUGUAUGCGUGGAUCUCGGAGUCGUUCCCCAUCCACGGGCGCCGGCGAAAGCCGUACAUGGUCAUCAGCGGCAUCAUCAGCGCGUGCACGUACCUGAUGGUCGCCUUUGUCGUGCGUUCGCAAACCGGUGCGCUUGCCGUCACGCUCGCCCGCACCGCCGCCAACGCCUGCACGGAGAUCAUCGCAGACUUGACCAUGCUGGACUACGCGGGUCGAAACGGCGCCAACGUCGGCCACAUCCAGAGCGCAGUUGCUGGCGUGCGAGCCGUCUCCUCCAUCCUCGCGCUCCUCAUUGGCAUGCCGCUCUACCCGUGCACCCGCCACGGCGCCGCCACCGCCAGCACCAGAAACGUGCUGGCAGCGACUGCCGCGUUCCCGCUCGCCAUAGUGCUGUGCGCCCUGUUUCUGCCAGAGCCGUCCCCAAAGCGAGACCGGCGACCCUCGUCGCCGCACACGCCGCGCCGCACAUCACCAGCACCUGCGCUGCCAGCACCCCUGGGCUCCCUCAACUCUGGGGAGGGCAAGCUGUGGUCGCCCCAGCCGGCCGUUGCAAGCAUUGGGCUGCAGGAAGAGGGGGAGGAAGAGAGGGAGGAGGAGGAGAUCGACGGUGGGCAGGAUGAUCGAGUGCCGCUGUUGCAUCGCCAUCAUCAGCGACAGCUCCACGACCAUCAGCUCCAUCACGCUGGGCACACGACAUCAACCCCGUCCACACCAACCGCGCCUACUGCCACGCAUGCUCACACCCCGGCUGCCACUGACCACGGCGGCGGCGGCCGGCGGUUCCCCAUCUUCCAGCUGGCCAUCCCGGGCGUGCUGCUCCUCCUCACGUGGAGCGCCCUGAAAGACAUCAUGUCCCAUCGUCGCUGGCUCGACAUGCUUGCCGGGGUGCUUGCCGUGGAUGUUGUCAUUGCCGCCGCCAUUGUGUAUGCCGCCAUCACCCGCCCAUCUGUGCGGCUCCUCAGCGGCAUCAGCGGCGUGUGGCCCGCGCUCGUCCUGUUUGCCGUGUACGCAACACCAACCUCCUCCACCCAGAUCACCUCCUGGUACUAUGCGCAGUGGGCCGACCACCCCUGCUAUCCACAGGCCAUCAACAUUGUUGCCUCGGGCAGCCGCCUUGUUGGCAGCGCCCUGUACUUCAAGCUGUUUGGCACCACGCGCGGCCGGCCGCUGCUGGUUACGCUGGUGGGCUCGCUCGUCGCCGCGGCCCUUGCCCAGCUCCUGUUUGUGCCCCUCGUGCAGGGCUCCAUCCCUGCACGCACGGCCCCGGAGCUCGCGUACGCGUGCGCGUGCACCCUCAUCACGGGCACGGCCAGCCAGGUGGCCAUGCUUGCGUUCCUGACUGUUGCCACGCGCGCAUGUCCGCACCCGACGCGCGCCGACGGCGGGCUCAUCUACGCACUCGUGCUCUCGUUCCUGGACUUUGGCGACUCUGUGAGUGGGUGGAUCACGGCGCCCAUCGCGCACGCGCUGAACAUCACGCUCACAGACUACAGCCGGCUGCCCACGCUCAUCUACAUUGACAGCGGGACCUCUGUUGGGGUUGCGCCCGUGACGUUAGUGCUGGCGCUGAGCCCAGCCAUCUAUGCUGCUGCAACAACGCGAGGACAGGACGAGCGGGAGGGAGGGGAGCCGAGGGACGAGAGGGCGUUGCAUGCGGGGAUUGUUGCCCCUGGUAGCGAUGGUGAUGGUGGCAGCGACAGUGACAGUGGUAGUGGUGGUGGUGGUAGGUCGUGGGAUGAAAGAGCCUUGAUUGUGGAUUGGGGACUUGGAGACGUGAGAAGAGAUGACGAAGAAGCAGCAGAGGCAACAGCGAGAGGCAGGAGAUAACGAAUCUCAUUUGUGGACGUGUGUGUGCGUGUGCGUGUGUGUGCGUUGACAUAAGCAAUCCCCUCUUGCCUACCCCCUUCUUCCAUCUUGCCUGAAGAUUCUUCGAGUGCUGUGUUGUCGUUCAUCAUCGGCACACACUCAGCAUCGUUACAUUGUUACAACAACAACAACAACAACAACACAAAGUAAGUAGCAUGGAACACAAAGUAAGUAGCAUGGAAC